AUGCUCAAAGUUAUUUUAACAUUCGUGGUGCUAUUGGCGCUCAGCAGCGCAGCCAGCCUCGAUUCGGACGAGGACUCCACAACUAUUGUUCCGGACACCUGUUUAAAUGAAGACGAAUUAUGGGCCACUGACAAUUUGCAUGCAUAUUAUUUCUGCUGGGACGGAGUGCCGAUACUUACGGAGUGCAAUGAGGGAUAUUAUUUUGUGCGCAAUGCCACCGACUCGGGCUGCAUACCCGCGAAGCUAAUGAAUCCAAACUGUGUCAACUUAGACAUAACUGUGGGCCCCUGCACGGGAAUCAAUCUGCUGCAGCCUCAGACAAGCCAAAAUCUAAACAACUUCUGGCUGUGCACCGAAGAGGGUGCCGAUCCUGUGGAGCUGACCUGUGUUGACGACCUGGUGUUCGUCAAGCAGGAUGGAUACCUGGGCUGCUUCGAUUGGCAGACAUUCCGCUCUGUGCGCGGCUGCAAUUAA